AUGUCACCCUUCUCUGCAUUGUUCUCCUGCUUCAAGUCCGACAGCUCCAACACAGAUCAAUCUACCAGCAAAAAGACUUCGAACUCGUCAACUCCCAGCGACAAUUUCUCCACUAUGGCAGGAACAACUUACCUCAUCACUGGCGCUGCUAGAGGCCUCGGAAAGGCAAUGGUCGAGACCUACCUGGCGCGCCCAAACAACACCGUCAUUGCCGUAGCACGCACCACCAGCUCCGCGGAGCCACUCAAGUCCCUCCCUACCGGUAAAGACAGCAAGCUCAUCGUCAUCGCCUACGACAGCCGCGACGCCGAAGGCCCGAAGAAAGCCAUUGAACAACUCAAGAGCCAAGGCAUCACCAGCAUCGACACCGUCAUCGCCAACGCUGGCAUCUCCUCAGACUACGCCCCCGUUGCGUCAGUCUCUCUCGACGUGCUCAAGUCGCACGUCGAAGUAAACGCUUACGGCCCCCUUCUUCUCUUCCAAGCUGUGCUGCCCAUGCUACUGAAAUCGUCCAACCCCAAGUUCGCUGCACUCGGAACGCCAAUCGCCAGUAUCACCGGUAUGGAGAGCCGUCCGUUCCCCAUGGCUGCGUAUGGAAUGUCCAAAGUCAUGUUGCACUGGAUGGUUUGCAAGGCGCACUUUGAUCACCCGGAGCUUACCGCCUUUGUGCUGGAUCCUGGAUUCGUACAGACUGACAUGGGUAAUGAGGGAGCGAAGACGUUUGGUAUGGAGAAGGCAUUCAUUACUGUUGAGGACAGUGCCAACUUCUUGGUAUCGACGAUUGACAAGGCCACGAGGGAGGAGACCUCGGGACACUUUCCCACGAUCGAGGGUGGGGACUUCAAGUGGUGA